AUGGGAGCCAUCAUUCCCAACUCUGAGAGGUAUCCUAUGGCCUCAGACCCCGUAUUGACAAUGGGCGCCUCUGCCCAACACGCUUUCACUACGGACUCCUCUCCGGAGGAUCCGUAUAUCUAUCAAGUUGGAUUUGGAAACAGAUUCUCUUCUGAAGCCAUGUACGUUGGCAUUACCCAAUUCUUGAUCAAGAGUCUGAGCUCACCAAUAAGUCCCGGGACUCUACCUCGAUCAUGUAAUGUACCGCAAAGAGUAAAGUACAACCUUUAUUCCGAGCAGCUCAACGGUUCUACCUUUGUUGCCUCUCGAACUGACAUCCAAAAUGCCUGGUUCUACCGGAUUUUCCCAUCUGUGGCUCACGGAGAUAUCUCAAAGAAGCCACGAAACCCAGAUAUUGAGUCAAGAUUUACGUCUGGGAAUGAGAAUGUCGAGUUUGUUCCCGGAGGACUCUGUUGGAGAGCAUUCUCGGUGCCAAAGACGGAUGGGCCGGCUAUCGACUUCGUCCAGGGACUCAAGACGAUAGUUGGGAAUGGCGACUCAACGACCAAGGACGGCUUAGCUGUACACGUAUACGCUGCAAAUUCUUCCAUGAAAAAGCGCGCAUUCUGCAGCAAUGAUGGCGACAUGCUUUUCGUGCCUCAGACUGGCAGGCUGGACAUUCAGACAGAAUUCGGGAGAAUGAUGGUUCGGCCUGGCGAGCUGGCGGUGAUCCAGAGUGGCAUCCGCUUCAAGGUCGGGUUGCCGGAUGGUCCGGCCCGGGGUUACAUCCAAGAGAUAUUCGGAAGCCGGUACGAGCUGCCAGAACUGGGGCCGCUCGGAAGCAACGGGAUGGCUUUGCCUCGCGAUUUCGAGUUCCCCGUCGCCUCAUUUGACAUGGAUACGUCGGAGUGGGAGAUCGUGUAUAAACUGGCUGGAAAGCUGUGGUCCUGCAAACAGAACCACACGCCCUUUGACGUGGUCGCAUGGGAUGGCAACUAUGUGCCUUUCAAAUAUGCCGCCGAGAAGUUUGUCAAUGCCGCCUUCGUGGACAAGGACCAAGCCGACCCCAGUUUGUACACCGUCUUGACGGCGAAGUCCAAGAUGCCCGGUAUACCUGCAACAGAUGUCAUGUUUUUCACGCCAAAGUGGUCUUCGGCGACGAAUACCUUUCGACCUCCCUAUUAUCAUCGAAAUAUGUCGACGGAGGUGGUGGGAAUCGUGUAUGGCGGUUACAAGGGCACCAGUCGCAAUCUGGAAGCUGGUGGCCUGAGUUUCCAGUCGAGCUUCAUGCCGCAUGGAGAAACCCAUGAGGCGUUUGUGCAAGCGACUACCAAUGAGCUGAAGGCUCAACGCGUGGGAGAAGGCUUUCUCGGUUUUAUGUUCCAAAUCAGCACUCACUGCGCGGUGACACAAUAUGCGUUGGAAAGGAGCGGCGUGCUGGAAGUACCGCCGGCAUCUCUUUGGGACUCAAUGCAAGGACACUUUCUCGAGCACGCCGAAGAAGUAAAUAGCGACUUGCGAAGACGAGGACUACCGACCCUCGGGGCCACCCUGAGCCAUUGA